UGUGUGGAGAGGCAACGCAUGCGCAGUGCGAACUCAUGCGUUUCCUGUCAAGAUGGCGCUGAGCAGAGGAGUGGGAUUGUGGAGGACAUGCAGGUUGUUACCCAGACAGUCUCUCCUAUUCCCAGCCGCUGUCCGAACACAGAGCACCGCGAGCGGGGAAUUGGUGCCCCGGACCUCGCUGUCCAGACCUCCAUGGUCGGAGCAGUUGGUCCGGGUCUCGGAGGAGGAGGAGCGGAGCCGACAUGCCGCGGUAGUCAGCACCGUGAACCAGAAGAUCAACCAGCAGGACUUCGGCCGGCUGUUCGCCGUGGUCCACUUCGCUGGCCGCCAGUGGAAGGUCACCAACGAAGACCUGAUCUUGACUGAGAACCACAUCGAAGCGGAGUGCGGGGAGCGGAUCCGGAUGGAGAAGGUGCUGCUGGUCGGCGCGGAGGAUUUCACACUGAUCGGCAGGCCUCUGCUGGGGAAGGACCUGGUCAGGGUCGAGGCUACCGUGAUCGAGAAGACCGAGUCCUGGCCCAAAGUCCACAUGAGGUUCUGGAAAAGACACCGGUUCCAACGCAAGAAGACCAUCAUCCAGCCACAGACGGUGCUGAGGAUCAACAGCAUCGAGCUGGCCCCAAGACUGGCAUGAUGAUGAUGAUGCUGAGGACUGUAAAUCUGACACUCGGACCGGUUGAUCUGUGUGAUUAAAACGCGUUGGGCUCAGGGAGCCAAAGUGACUUUGUGUUUCUGAAGACCUGAGCCCUGCAGUCUGCUCUGUUGUGCUCCUGUAAAUAAAGCUUCAUCUUUUGCAGAUGGCA